GAAUUUUAGAGAGGGAGGGCGCUUCCAUGGCCGCAAGGGCUUCCAGGAAUUUUUUUAGGGAGGCUUUGUACAGGAAAGCAAAUUUUAAAGCUUUUGGUGCCUCCAGACAUUUGAGUUCGGUAGCUGAGACUACUCCAAAGAUCCCUCAGCCUUCUAAGAAAGGGAGGUUAUUGACUGGGGCCACGAUAGGCCUAUUAAUAGCUGGGGGAGCUUAUGUGAGUACUGCAGAUGAGGCAACUUUCUGUGGUUGGCUAUUUUCAGCUACAAAACUUGUGAAUCCAUUAUUUGCCUUUCUGGAUCCAGAGGUUGCUCAUCGUCUAGCAGUCUCUGCAGCAGCCCGUGGUUUGGUUCCAAAGGAGAAAAGGCCAGAUCCAUCGAUAUUGGGGCUGGAAGUUUGGGGACGGAAAAUUUCAAAUCCAAUAGGUCUUGCUGCUGGUUUUGAUAAAAAUGCUGAGGCUGUCGAAGGAUUAUUAGGGUUAGGUUUUGGGUUUGUAGAGGUGGGCUCAGUAACUCCUGUUCCACAAGAGGGUAAUCCAAAGCCUCGUAUCUUCAGAUUGCCGCAGGAGGGUGCUAUCAUAAACCGAUGUGGCUUUAAUAGUGAAGGAAUCGUGGCUGUUGCAAAACGUUUGGGUGCCCAGCAUGGUAAGAGAAAGCUGGCUGAAAUAUCAAGCACUUCGAUCUCAUCCAAUGAUGAAGUCCAACCUGGAGGAAAAGCAGGCCCUGGAAUUCUUGGGGUUAAUCUUGGCAAGAAUAAGACAAGUGAAGAUGCCGCUGCUGACUAUGUUCAAGGGGUUCAUACAUUGUCCCAGUAUGCUGAUUACCUGGUUAUAAACGUUUCGUCACCAAACACUCCUGGACUGCGUAAACUUCAGGGGAGAAAACAACUGAAGGACCUUAUUAAGAAGGUACAAGCUGCUCGUGAUGAGAUGCAAUGGGGUGAAGAGGGUCCUCCACCAUUGCUUGUGAAAAUUGCUCCAGACUUGUCUAAAGAAGACCUUGAAGAUAUUGCAGCGGUUGCUCUUACUCUCCGCUUGGAUGGAUUGAUAAUAUCAAAUACAACCAUUUCAAGACCUGAUCCUGUAAGUAAGAACCCGGUGGCUGAAGAGUCUGGUGGCUUAAGCGGGAAGCCUCUUUUUAAUCUAUCCACCAACAUCUUGAAGGAGAUGUACCUUUUGACGAGGGGAAAGAUCCCCCUUAUUGGUUGCGGGGGUAUUAGCAGCGGGGAGGAUGCGUACAAGAAGAUACGAGCAGGAGCAACCCUUGUUCAGCUUUACACAGCCUUUGCCUAUGAAGGGCCUAUUCUCCUUCCCCAGAUGAAGGCUGAGCUAGCACAGUGCUUAGAAAGAGAUGGUUUCAAGUCCGCAAGUGAAGCUGUUGGUGCAGAUUACAGAUAGCUUUAUCCUGAUGCUGUAUAUUAACUGCAGAGGAACCCAGUCUACCUCCUUAAAACCGAGAGGCAUGCAUACUUACGAUUGGAGCUUUGGUCUUUGCUUAUUAUCAUAUCAAUUCUUUUCUCCCUUAUUGUGAAAUGUUAAAUAAAAUUAUCCCUCAGUUUUCUGUUCUUUGGUUUGGAUAUCUAAUUUAUUUGUGAUUUCAGGGA